GUGUCUCUGUUCAUUGCAGGGGAGUUGGACUAGAUGGCCUUUAAGGGUCCCUUCCAAUUCAAACAGUUAUUUUAAGUCCAUUCCUACCGGUAUAUUCUUGAAUUGCAGUGCUUUGUGCCAAACCCAUAUAGACUGUCAAUGAUUUAAAAGAGGUGAAUAUUAAUAAAAAGUAGAAUGUGCACACACACAAAAAAAGCAUUUAGCACAAGGAUCCUCUGGGUCUUGUCUAAGAAGUACUGUAGGAUUUGUCCUGCAGUCCAGCUGAUUAAGCAAGCACUGGAUACCACAAGGAGCCAUUUUUCUUAUCUUCAUGCAAAGGAUUUAUGUGAAGAAACACAGUUAAAAUACAGUUAAUUGUCAGCACUAAAUCGCCUAAAUUCCCUGAGCUAAAUUAAAGCACAGCUGACUCAACAACAGACUCUGACCAGGUAAGAAGAGAGCUCUGAAAUAAGAAAAAAAAAUGAGUGGAACUGUAAUUAUAGAGGGUGAAAACAUGACACUACUUUCCAAGUGACAGCUUCCUCCAUGUGUCCUUGCUAGGUCUCCCCCAUUGUACCAUGGGGACAAUCCUUGGUCCUUCCUCACCCCACUACACAUCAGUGCACCUCUCUCUGUGGAGAGGAGCUGGUGCUGACCAUGCUGCAGGGUCCCCAGGCUGAAGGGCCAUGGGGUUGGUUACCUUUAACCAGUGGGUUUCAGCAGUCUACAGCAAUGUAUUUUUGCAUUAGAACUAACCUCAAUCAUUCUGUAGGUGCCUGUUUUCAAAUGUCAAGAGCCACUCUCUUAAGGCUCUUAAGGAUCCCCUGUGCUAAUUCUGCACAAAUAUUAAAUUCUAGAGGAGUCAUAAUUGAUCCCUUAGAUAUCAGUAAAGCAAGAACUGAGCCCUGUGGAAAAGCUGCUUACAGAGAAUGGUAAUCUUGAAGUCUUUGUGGGAUCAGUGAAUAUGGUAUUCACACAAAGCGUUUCGAAGUAGGAUAUGUUAUACAGCCUGAGUUAAACUUGUGUUACACUUGUAUUGCAGUUGCUGACAUAAAAUUAUAUGCUUCUAUGAGAACUAGCUCUUAUAACACAUUUAAUGAGAACAAGCACUCAGAGUAUCCUGGAAAUACAUAUGCAAUUCAUGAGAUCACUAAUGGCAUUUAGCACAGCUCAUUAGCUCUCUGGGCCUGAACAGCACUGAGCAUAGCACGGUAUCACCUAAAUGUCAAGAGUGUCAGAUGAAUAAGCCAGGCAGCCACCAAGUGCAGAGGGAAAUCAUCCCUCAUUCAAGAGCUGAGAAGAUCUGCAGCCUCUCCAGCUCAGUGCUCAUAGAAUUCCUCUGCAUGACAAGACAACCAAUAUCCCACAUCAAAGCUAGAAUGGGAUGAAGCCAUUUCUCUUUCCCUCUAAUAUCUGGAAUAAAAGAUGGGGCUCCCAGGUCGUAGCCAAAUGUGUCCAUGACUCUGGUUGCAUGUGUUGACUGAACCAGUCCCACACUGUUGCUGUGGGGCUUUCAGUGGGUCUGCUUGCAUUUUCCAUCUCCUGGAAGUAUUUCAGUGCUUGGAGAAAAGGAAGAAAAACUAAAGAAAUGGCUUUUGCAGAAAAUCUGAUAAAAAAAAAAAAUUAAAACAUUUGGAACAGAUGAGAAAAUAUUCUACAAUUUUCUACAAGUAUUUUGGACUGUUAAAAAAAAUAAUAAUUAUUAUAAUUCUCUGGCAGCAGCAAAUCAUUCCAGCAGACAAUUCCCCAUUCCUUCCUACGUUAGUGCUUGGGAUUUUUUCCCUCAAAUAGAAACCUAAAACAAAAGGUAUUGCACAAGUGGACUAAGGAGUGAAAAAAUGCCACUCUUGAGCCAUGAGUACACAGGCACUGAGUCGAUGCCACCUGAAUCAACACAGUGCAACAGAUGGGGAUUUUAACGUGGUUCGUGCUAUUAAUCAUUAAUUUAUUUUUUAAGCCAUCGCUGUGAAUCUUCCCAGAGCAGGCUGCUAUUCUGCCUGUUAUGAAUCACUCAGCCAGCGCAGGAUGAGAUCAUUAUCAUUUCACUUAGUGUUUCUGAAGCUGCCAAGCAUCCCCUGAGUGUUUCCUGCAGACCCAGAGUGCGGGGCAGCAGUAAAGUGUAUGUCUGGCUACAAGCUGAGACACCAUGCCAAUGCACAGAAUGGAAGUCAUGGAUGGCAGCUGUGUGGCCAUUGCCAGUGCCUUGGUAGUGUUGAAAAUUCCCACAUUGUAAAGUCCAAGGACACAGCACAAGGACUGGGAGGCAGGUUGUGAAAAAUAAGGAUUUUCUUCUUUCAUUUUUGGUGUAAAACUUCCUGCUUGCUUUAUUGAAACAACAAUUACAUCAGAGGCAUGAUGUAGCAACAGGGCAAAGGGGAGAAGCUGAGAGCCACGGAGCCAGCACCACAUUUGUGUGGAAAGAAAGGGAAGGAAUGGAGCGAAGAGGAAUUCGUGAAUGACUUGGCAAGAAAAGCACUCAGCCUUCUCCUGUCCCUGCCAUCAGGCAUCAGCAUCAUUUCCCCAAGAGCCUUCUGGCAUGUGAAGGAUGCCAAGAGAGAAGGAUAAACAAAAAAAAGCAGUAACUACAUGACCAUUUUCACUUCCUAAAGUGGGUGACAGAAAUUCCCCCUAGGUCAUAUGAUCUUUGUUGAAGCUGCACCAGGAAGAGCAGCAGCAGCCAGCGAGUGCAGGGCGUCUCCAUACAAAAGCCUCUGCUGCCUGAGCCAGAGGUCAGAGCAGCACAGGGAUGUGCAUACAAAUGCACGCAGACGUAUCAAGGUGAGGUGCAAACAUCCUCCCAGCUGGAUUGUGUCUUGCACAACCCUGAUUCUAUGCAACCUGGCAGACCUUUUGUUUUCCCUCCACUGCUCUACUUCAAGCAUGUAUCCAGACCAGAACUUCUGAGAAGGCUCCAGCACAUCUCUCAGAAAGCAGCUCUCCUCUCUAUGUGAUUAGAGGUGGUCAUCUGCACCAUGUUGGGGAUGAUGGCAAUGAGAAGAUGGGUUGAACCAGUGGUCGCAGGCUCCCAGGUGGCCAGUGCCUUCUAUGACACAGCGCUGCUGCUGGUGGUGAAGAACUUCUACAACCAGACCAAUUCAACCGCCCUUUCCCAAGUGCUGGAAGAUGCUCAGCAGAAAGCUGUCUCUAAUUUUUAUAUCAUCUACAACCUUGUCCUGGGUCUGAGUCCACUGGUGUCAGCCUAUGGCUUGUCCAAGCUGGGGGACAAGGUGCAUCGGAAGAUCCCUAUCUGCGUCUCACUUCUUGGCUAUUUGGGCUCCAAAUCUGUCCUGCUUCUCCUGAUCCUGCUGGACUGGCCAAUUGAGGUGAUGUAUGGGGCUGCAGCCUUCAAUGGGCUGACAGGCGGCUUCACCACAUUCUGGGCAGGCAUCAUGGCUCUGGGAUCUCUGGGCUCCUCUGAGAGCAGGAGGUCUCUGCGGCUCAUCAUUAUUGAGAUGGUGUAUGGCCUUGCAGGCUUUCUGGGAAGCAUAGCAUCUGGCUACCUCUUUGUUGGCUUCAGCUAUCACUUUCGAGAGGGCACUGUGCUGGUGAGCUGCAGUAUUGCUUGCUAUGCUUUCUGUUUCCUCUACAGUGCUUUUGUGCUUACAGUCCCCAAGCCAGCAGCUUCCUGCCCAGACAAAGACAAGAGUGUAGAGGAGGCUGGCAGCCAGCUACCAGGCCAUACAGGAGGAGCAGAGAGCACCCAGCCUUCAGAGAGCAGCAGCCAAACUCCAGUAACACCCUCAAAACUAAUCAUCAUUAUGCUUUUUGUGGCAGCGAUCCUCUAUGAUCUUGCCGUGGUUGGUGCAAUGAAUGUACUUCCACUCUUCUUGAUCAGGGAGCCUUUGAGUUGGAAUGCCGUGGAGAUCGGCCACGGCAAUGCUGCCGGGUACAUGAUUUUCAUCACCAGCUUCCUGGGGGUACUUGUGUUCUCCAAGUGCUUUAAGGACAUCACCAUGAUCAUGAUCGGAGUGGUGUCAUUCAGCGCCGGCAUCCUCAUCAUGGCCUUUGUGCAGUGGACCUUCUUGUUCUACAUCGCUCGGGCAGUGAUGCUUUUUGCCCUCAUCCCCUUACCAACCAUCAGGUCCAUGUUGUCCAAGCAUGUUGAAGGAUCAUCCUAUGGUAAGGUGUUCUUCCUGCUGCAGCUGUCCUUAGUCAUCACCGGAGUAGUAACAUCCACAGCCUACAACAAGAUCUACCAAAGCACGCUGAACUGGUACAGCGGCUUCUGCUUUGUUCUGUCUUUCCUGGCUGGCUGCCUGAGUCUCCUCCCUUUAAGCAUUGUGGCCAUCAAACAACGUUCAAGCACUGGUUCUCUUCAGAUUCUGACCAAGUGACAGAAGCUGUACCAUCCAACACAUCUUUCAGUCUUGAUUAGUAAUUUGAGGAAGGUCUGCCAAGCAUUUGCCCCUGUAAUUAACUUCAUUUCAGGAAGCACCUCAUCUGUCCUCACCUCACAGCAUGCCAUGCUCUCAGCCACUGAGACACCCAGUGCCUUGUUGUUUCUGCAGUACAUCAUCAUGCAGAGUGAUGGGUGCACUGGCUGUAGGUUACUGUCAGUGUUCCAAACAUCUUCCUUUCAUUCUAGGCUACUUAGCAAUAAUGCAGAGGGAGAAGAACAGGGCAGAAAUGGGAGGUGUGUUUCUAAGCACAUCAUCCAGUGUAAAAGGGAAAAGCCAUAGUUCUCCACUAUUUUCUUCUAGUCCUUCAAGUCUGAAAACUCAAAGCAGUUCUGUGACUUUGGUUUACAUGGUAGAGGUCCAGAAGCAGCACACUGGGAAUGCACAGCUUCUACCAUACUACAGACAAGAGUAAAGAUGACUGAUGUUAGGAAGAAAAAUACAGAAUUGUCAUACUAAACAAAAACAAACAAAACAAAAAAAUCCCACAAGGUAGAUUUUUUGUAAUCUCUACAAUAAAACACUUCUUAAUACA